AUGGCAAUAGCAAACAUCUUGGAUCGAUCUACAACCGCCUACAAGCCCUUGAAGGAUCAUCUCAUGCCAACUACAAGAGAGAGAGGAGUCCAACACCCAACCACCCUCCCUUUUAUUGUAAUGCCAUCACAAGAAGAAGCACUACUCAAGUCCAUGAAGGACAAUGAAGAAGAAGAAAGAGAGUAUGAGGAACAAUUGAAUGAUGAAGAUGAAGAGCAGAGCAUCGACAUCAAUGCUUCCCCAAAACAGAGCAUGGAUACACCAAGCCCUAGAGACCCUCGUUUCUCACCAAGAAGUCAAGCUUCUACACUUCCAAGACUGGAAGCAAUGCAAAGACCAUCACCACCUACUGAAGAAGAAGAUACUUGGCAGUAUGAUCCCAUUGAUCCCAACAAGAUAAGCCCCAUGAAGCUUAAAGAGUUCAAUGCUAAGGUGAAAUCACUUCCAUUCUAUGUCACUUUUGAAGAAGCUUGGGAUAAACAUGGUCUAGUGGAGUUCUUUUUCACAACUAGUGAAAACAAAGAAGAGAUACACCAACUUUUCAGGAAGGCUCGAUUUCCCCUUGCCCCUCAUGGAGUCAAUCAACCACCAUCACCACCAUCAUCACCACCACCUCAGUGGUAUGUCAAUUCCAUAUCAAGAGAGAAGCUUGCUGAGUUCAACCAGUUUGUCCAAACUCUUCCAGCCAGCAUGUCUUUCAAAGAAGCUUGGCGCCACUACCCAUUCACCACCUUUCUUCCACAACUGCAAGGAGACUCCUGA